CGCAGAAAUUGCGUCACUCUUUCCCGGCUGCCACAAGAAUCAGAUACACCAGAGAUACUUAGGUGGAUAACAUAAUCCCAUACCACAACUUGAAGAAUGGUUCUCCCGACUACGACCAAACAUUACUUCUGGCCCAAAUUCGGCGCCCUUGCAAACAUCUCUUCAAAGGAAUCUAAGUUACCACCUCUCAAAUCUCACGAGGUCCUCGUCAAAAUCCAUGCUGUUUCAUUGCAGUACCGCGAUCUCAUCGUCGGCUUGAACAAAUACCACGGGGACUUCCCAGAAGAACUCGUUCCAUGCUCUGAUAUGGCUGGAGAAGUCAUCGCAAUCGGAGACGAAGCAGGAAGCCAAUGGAAAAUAGGCGAUCGUGUUUGUGCCAACUUCGCUGCCGAUCAUAUUGCUGGAGAUACCUCGCCUGAGAUUCAGAGAACCGCUCAUGGAGGAGCUGCUCACGGUGUAUUGACGCAAUACAAAGCGUUCCGUCCAUAUUCUCUUGUUCAAAUCCCUGAUCAUCUUUCGUUUGAAGAGGCAUCUACUUUGCCCUGUGCUGCCUUGACCGCAUACAACGCACUCAUGGGUCCUGUCCCUGUUAAGAGUGGCGACACCGUUCUCAUCCUUGGCACUGGCGGCGUUUCUAUUCACGGUCUCCAACUCGCGCUCGCUUCAGGGGCCCAAGUCAUAGCUACCUCUUCAUCUGACGAGAAACUGAAAAUUGCUACCAAGCUUGGUGCUCACCACGUUAUCAACUAUAAAACCACGCCUAAUUGGCACGAGGAAGUUCUUAAGCUUACCGGUGGAAGAGGUGUUGAUCAUAUUCUCGAGGUCGGGGGCUCUGACUCGCUUGACAAAUCCUUAAAAGCUGUUCGUAUUGCUGGGUGGAUCCAUACCAUUGGUUUUGUCGGUGGGGGUACCCCUACUGAGGUUGUAUUUCCCACUAUCCGAAAAGCUUGCUUCAUUCGCGGUAUCCAAAUUGGAUCUGUUGCUCAAUUCAAAGACAUGAACCGCCUGCUCUCUCUUCACCCUGAAGUGACUCGACCAGUUAUCGAUAAGGUGUUCCCUUUUGAGGAAGCACUGAAAGCUUACGAGUACUUGGAAUCUCAAGCCCAUGUAGGAAAGGUUGUUAUCAAGGUGGCGUGAAAGUGCUACGAGAUGUAACUUAUAAGAUGAGAUAGGUACAACAUAAGUGAAAUGUGAUUAUAUCGUAAA